AUGGCCUCCGAGUACUCGGUCCGCAAGGUUGGUGCUCCCAACACUUUGGAGCACCGUGUCUACAUUGAGAAGGACGGCGUCCCCGUCUCCGCCUUCCACGAUGUCCCUCUGUACGCCGACCAGGAGAAGGGCAUCCUCAACAUGGUUGUUGAGAUUCCCCGCUGGAGCAACGCCAAGCUCGAGAUCUCCAAGGAGGAGCUCCUGAACCCCAUCAAGCAGGAUAUCAAGAAGGGCAAGCUUCGAUUCGUCCGCAACUGCUUCCCCCACAAGGGAUACAUCUGGAACUACGGUGCCUUCCCCCAGACCUGGGAGGACCCCAACGCCACCCACCCUGAGACCAAGGCCAAGGGUGACAAUGACCCUCUCGACGUUUGCGAGAUUGGUGAGCUCGUUGGCUACACCGGUCAGAUCAAGCAGGUCAAGGUUCUUGGUGUUAUGGCUCUGCUCGACGAGGGUGAGACCGACUGGAAGGUCAUUGUCGUUGACGUGAACGACCCCCUUGCCAACAAGCUCCACGACGUUGAGGACGUCGAGCGCCACCUGCCUGGCCUUCUCCGUGCCACCAACGAGUGGUUCCGUAUCUACAAAAUCCCUGACGGAAAGCCCGAGAACCAGUUCGCCUUCACCGGCGAGUGCAAGAACAAGGCCUACGCCAUGGAUGUUAUCCGCGAGUGCGCUGAGGCCUGGGACAGACUCAUCACCGGCAAGACCCAGCCCGGCGGUGUUUCCACCUCCAACGUCACCGUCGGCAGCUCCCCCAGCCGCGUUGAUGCCAGCCAGCUGCCUCCUAUCCCCGCCAACGAGGAGCUCGCCCCUGCCAAGAUCGACAGCUCGAUAGACAAGUGGUUCUUCAUCAGCGGUGCUGCCGCAUAA